GCUUCGUCCGUCAUCUUCAGCAUAAAACACCGACACAAGCAAGUCCAGUAACACACACAACUCGACAUGUCGACCCCAGCUGGCACUGCAAUCCUUGGAGCGGGCAUCUUCGCCAAGGAAGCCCAUCUCCCCGCACUCAAGGCGCUCCAGACAGCCGGCGCCAGCACCGCCGUGCCCCUACUCGCCGUCUACUCACGCUCGCAAACCAGCGCUGCGUCACUAGCCGCUGAAGCAGCCUCCGUCCUCGGCUCGACGCCCGAUGUGUACUACGACGGCGGAUCGAGCACCCUCGAUGCGCUCCUCACGCGCCCCGACAUCGGCAGCGUCAUCGUCGUGCUCCCCAUCACGCAGCAGCCGUCGAUCAUCCUGCGCGCCCUCGCAGCGGGCAAACACGUCAUAUCCGAAAAGCCCAUCGCAGCAGACGUCGCAUCCGGCCUCAAGCUGAUCGCCGAAUACGAGGCGACGUACAAGCCCAAGGGCCUCGUCUGGCGCGUCGCGGAGAACUGGGAGGUCGAGCCAGGCUUCAUCGCCGCAGGCCAGGCGAUCCGGGACGGCAAGAUCGGCAAAGUGACGUUCUUCAAGGCGAGCGUGUGCAACUUCAUGGAUCGAGACAGCAAGUGGUACAAGACGCCAUGGAGGACUGUCCCAGAGUACCAAGGCGGUUUCCUGCUCGAUGGCGGUGUGCACAACGCCGCCUCGCUGCGCGUCAUGCUCCCCUCCCCACUGACCCACCUCACCGGCUUCGCCUCGCUCAACCGCGAGUGGCUCGCUCCGCAUGACACCAUCAACGCCGUCCUGCGCACCGCCGACGGCGCGCACGGCCUGCUCGACCUCUCCUUCGCCUCGCCCGUCCCGUCGCGCUCGGCCACCAACGGGCCCAUGGCCGUCAUCACCGGCUCCAAGGGCUUCCUCACCCUCACGCGCCCGCCGCGCGAGCAAGCGGGCGGGAAGAGCGUGUUCCGCGUCACGAUUAAGAGCGUGCAGGACGAGGCGUCCGAGGGCAAGGGCGAGGAGGUGGAGGAGAUCAUUGACGGGGAGGAGAGCGGUGUCACGGUGGAGCUCGAGGGGUUCUUUGAAAGGAUUAGGCCGAACGGGAGCGAUAACGGGAAGGGCGAGCCGCGGGAGGCGCUCAAGGACGUUGCGCUCAUCCAGGCUGGCUUGACAAGCAACGGGUCGCUCGUGGAUCUUACGAAGCUCGUCGCGCAGGGCUGAGCGCGACCGAGUUCUGAACGCGAGGAAGCGUAGCGGCACGCACAUAUGCAUCCUUUGCCGAAAAAAGAAGAGAAUACCACACUGGAUUACGAGCUUUGUGUAUCAUUACCGUAGGAUAUGUGUAUGAGUAUGCAUGCCAGAGAUAUCACCUACGCGCCAGGAAGAAGAC